GGGAGAUGCCAAGCAGGGACGCCCCCAAGACCGGGUAACCAGUGCCCUGGGCGGGCAGGGGGCUUCGAGCGCUGGAGGACGGGGUGGUCAGCAAGGGCCCGCACGUGCUCGGCCCCGUUGCCCGGAGACCGGCACAGAUUCCACCAGCAAGAUGCCGGACGUGGAGGAAAAGGUGCCCCUGAAGGACCCUGGCAAUGCAGAGAGCGGGCCCUGUAAGCCAGAAACCUCAGGACGGACCCCGGACGACAGGAGUAGCCCCAAGGACCACCCUUCCCGUCUGAUAGAUAAAGUUAAUGAUGUUUCCCAGCUGAGCGAGAAGAUUGGGAUGAACCAUGAUUUCUACACAGAAGAGAAGGUUUUACCUCCAAGCAGUCUGGAAGGCAAGGUCAAGGAGACAAUGCACAAUGCCUUUUGGGAUCAUCUUAAAGUGCAGCUCUUAGCUACUCCCCCAGACUUCAGCUGUGCUCUUGAACUUCUAAAAGAAAUUAAAGAGAUCCUGCUGUCACUGCUCUUACCGCGCCAGAACCGCCUAAGGAGUGAGAUCGAAGAAGCCCUGGACGUGAACCUCCUCGGGCGGGCAGCAGAGCAGGGCGCCCUGAAUGUCCCUCAUGUCUCUAAGUACAUCCUCAACACGAUGACUCUGCUGUGUGCACCCGUUCGAGAUGAAGCCGUCCAGAAACUGGAGACCAUCUCAGACCCUGUCCGGUUACUGAGGGGGAUCUUCCAGGUUCUGGGCCUGAUGAAGAUGGACAUGGUCAACUACACGAUCCAGAGCCUCCAGCCGCAGCUGCAGGAACACAACAUCCAGUGUGAACGAGCUAGAUUUCAGGAGCUCCUCAACAAGCAGCCGAGCCUCCUGGACCACACCACCCGAUGGCUGACCCAAGCGGCCACAGACCUCGCCACGCCGCCUCCCCCCUGCCCGGACGCUCCCGACUCCUCGAGCGUGACCUGCCUGCCUGCAGGUGAGGCAGCCAUCAGCCCAGAGCCCCUCAGCCCCAAGAUGGUCCUGUCGCAGGGCUUCCUGAACCUCCUGCUCUGGGACGGUGAGGACGAAGCGUUCCCUGAGACCCUGCGGACGGACAGAGCCCGGCUGCAGGAGCUGGAGGCCCAGCUGCACCGGCUCACCGUCCUGGCCUCCGUCUUGCUGGUGGCCAACAGUUUCUCCGGCAGCGUCCUGUUUGGCUCGCCGCAGUUUGUGGACAAGCUGAAACGAACGACCAAAGCCCUGUUGGAGGAGUUUGGCUCCAGGCCUGAAGAGGAGGCCAUGCUGACGGUGAGUGAACAGGUGACUCAGGAAAUCCACCGGAGCCUCAAGAACAUGGGCCUUGCCCCUCUGAGCAGCGACAACACAGCGUCUCUGAUAGGACAGCUCCAGAACAUCGCCAAGAAGGAGAACUGUGUCCGCAGCGUCAUUGAUCAGCGAAUCCACCUGUUCCUCAAAUGCUGUUUGAUUCUUGGUGUGCAGCGGUCUCUGCUAGACCUCCCUGGAGGCCUCACCCUCAUUGAGGCAGAACUGGCAGAACUGGGCCAGAAGUUUGCCAACCUAACACAACACAAUCAGCAGGUGUUUGGCCCCUACUACACGGAGAUCCUAAAAACCCUCAUCCCCCCAGCCCAGGUGCUGGAGACGGAAGUGGAAUCUCUCUAAUGGCACCGGUUCCAAGCCCUGGCCCCUGGGACCCAGGAGAGAAGCCCAUUGUUCUCCUGGGGUGACAGCAUCAGUGGCUAGUAGAGCAGCAAGCCCUCUCCCCUUCUGUAGCCAGCACACCACACUGUAGUGACCACGCGUGUAAAUACCAGCUGGCCCAGACGCAUUCACUAAUAAACAAUUGAACUGCAA